UUCUUCACUACUUUGCCAUUGAGCUUUGGUAGCGAGUCCUCGUGCAACGUGAGUAAUGUGCGAUAUGGCAGAAUGUUAGCGGCAUAACGGAGGUUUGUGGCAACAUUUCAAUCAGAAUCCAGACGGGGAAUUCGCCGCAACUAGUCUAGCUAUUCGUUUGCCAAAUAACCCGUGAGGGCUGAGAACAUAUCCAGAAAGUCACUUUUGAAGAAAAAAGUGCGCGGAGGAAUAACAAAAAAGCAACACGUAUCCGGUAUUCCAACCCUACCAGAGCAAGGGUACCGAGACAGCGUAGCGUCGAGUACGAAGGUGUACUAGGAGAGUAACAGACGCAACUGGACGAAGAGAGAAGGGUCGAGAUUUGUCAAAUUCUACCAGACACGACAGUUACCUAAGGAAUAAUGAGGAACUUUUGGAUGAUACUGACCCUGUGCGUCGCGGCUCUGCUUUCAUCUGAAAGGUUAUCGGUGUGGGCAGCGGAUGACCUAUACCUUGAGGACACAGGGUCUGGCGGCUACCCAGAGGAUGAUGACGACUUCGGAUCCGGAUCAGGAUCAGGUGCCGGAGAGGUGAUUGAGGCUGUGGAGGCCGUGACGGUGAACACGCUGUACAUCGCACCAAAGGCUGAGCCCACGCAGGACACCACCAAAGACUUCACGCCCAAGGUGGAGGAGGUCACGGAGCUCCCUGAAGCCAGGGAGACACCCCGCAAACCUGUCCGGACAGAGCCCCCGGCGCCAGCCACAGAGGAGCCUCGUAGGAAAGUUCCCGGUAGUACCCCCAGCCCUCCCCGCCCCGCCGACACGCUGGAGGUGCACACACAAAACCUCUUCCAGCGGACGGAGGUGCUCGCAGCGGUCAUUGCUGGUGGAGUCAUUGGCUUCCUCUUUGCCAUCUUCCUCAUCCUCCUCCUGGUGUACCGCAUGAGGAAGAAGGACGAGGGCAGCUACGACCUGGGGGAGAGGAAGCCCUCCGGAGCCGCCUAUCAGAAGGCCCCCACCAAGGAGUUUUACGCGUAGACUGCCAAUCUCUUACCAUCCAACCUCCCCCCACCCCCACCCCACGGUCAUCCGUAUGAGCUCCUGACCCCUACACCCACCGUACCUGCCCAUCCCUUCUCCUUUUGGAGCGCCCCCUGCCCCCCCUCCCACUGCCCCCCCACUUGCCUCCAGACAGCAACACUUCACAGUGGGAGUGUGCGAUGGUGUUUGAUUAACAGCCCGGAUCGCCGCCGCCAUCACAACACAACAUGGCAACGAGGAAGACCUAAAGAAUAUCAACACAAACACCACAGUCCACCACAGUCGCCGGAACAAAACCUGGAGAGCUUUUAAAGUAGAAAAAAAUUGUAAUUCAGACCUCUUUUUUGUUUUUUUGUUUUUUUUCUUUCUUUGUCUUCUUUUUUAAGAAAAAUAAUGAGGAGCCAAGCAAUGCUUAUUUUACAGCAAAAAUCUGUGCAUAUUUAAACCUUGUUUUGUGUCUUGUUUGAAAAUGGCUGAAAAAGAAAAAAACCCAACGUCGCAUCCUGUACAGGCCAGAAAACAUGAUCUGCAUCUGUCUUCUGUUGAAGGAGCUGGUUUUAGUCACUGACUACUUUUUAACUGUAGCAGUAUGUAUUUGUAAAGAAAAAAAAACAAUUUAAAUGUGGAAAUAAUUGAAUAUAAUUGUCCUGUAUCAAUCCUGCUUUUUUUCUUUGAUCCUCUUUUUGUCCUAGCAUGUCUCAAGUCAAUCUUCUUUUUAAACAUAAAAGUAUAUUUCAUUAAUUUAUCUUUUUUUCCUCAGAUUUUUUUUUCAGAAUGCCUUUUUUGUGUAGAUUCCAUGAAGCUUUUUUUCUGUUCUGGUUGCGUAAUUAACUAACGGUCAAACUGUAUAUGUCCCUCCCUCUGGCGUAUGUACAAUGAUUAUUAUUUCUCUCUCGGCUCAUCUGUAUCUCUUUCAUUUUUCCUUCAUUUGCAUUUCAUUCACCGAAUCUAAGCUUCCAGUGCAGGGGUGCAUUUCUGGAAAGCGUAGUUGCUAACUUUGUUAGCUACUUUGUUGGUUGCAAUGCAAUUUCCCAUUGGCAACUACUGCUAACUGCCAACAACUACGCUUUCCAGAAAUGCACCCCAGAGCUCUCGCUGGCUCUGUCUCUGUCCCCUAUCCUUGUUUUAUUUGUUCAUGUAUAGCUUUAGGUCAAUACAUUUGGCAUCAUGUACCUCUUUUCAACGGUCAUCAGUUCUCAGUGAUGAGAAACAACGGGAUGCCCCGAUGCGGGAGGCAAGGACGGCUCCUCUCCUGGUGUAUUCCCAAUGGUGUAUUUAAUUAUUUAAUUUAACUUGAUUAUCACGUACGGUACAUGUGGACACUCUUCUUUAAUCGGUCUCUGUUAGAAGUAGCGUGUCCUGGGAGGGGCAUUUAUUUUUUGUCUCAUUUUUCUUUUGAAUUAUUUUUUUUUUGUUAAGUGUGGCCCAUCAAAGUAUGCCUCCUGCCCUUUACACACUUCAUCAUUUCUGAACCCUUAACACAAAGUACACACACACAAACAUACACAAACAUACACACACAAACAUACACGCACACACACACACACACACACAAACGCACACACACACACACCGACUCUUUCCCCCUCUUCCUUCAUUCUGACUGGAAUGGUAUCAGACCUCCCAGGCCAGUCCAUUAGAAAUGUCCCCAUAAGCCUAUGUGUCCCCAUAUCACCUCAAUGUCACUUCUGUGUGUAUCCAAGUGGGGGGUUGUUCAUGAUGCACAGUGCUGAUGAAUGGUACAGCUCAGCUUUGAUGUCUUGAGCUACCAUGCGUAACGGGGACGGGGAACCUAACUGGGUUACAUUCUCUGAUCUCUGGAGUCAAGGGUCUUGAGUCUGUUUGGUUGGAGACGUUUGAUACCAGCAGACCCACUUUUAAAAAAAGACAGUUGUUGCCAUUGACAGUGGUGACAAUGGGGCACUCAACCCUGAGCCCCACCAUGUUGGGAUGGCCAGUAAUAAUCCCAGACUACACUGUCUUUUACUUCUUCCUGCUGCGUGUAUGGGCUUGCAGAUGGGCAAAAUUAUCUUGCAUGGAAACCUGUUGGCACAGCAGGUUACGAAGUUGCCUUGGAAAAAAAGUUGAGCUUUGUAAUCUAGAGUUUUGCACUUUUUACCCCCCCUUAAACCCUGUCUGUCUAUAUAUGUCUGUAUGUCUGUGUGUUUGCCUCUGCCUGCCUGCCCUGUAUUUUUUCCUUCCCCCUCCGUGUUGCCAACUUCCCUUUUUUCCUGUCCUGCUUUCUUUUCUCAUCCCCUCUUAGUCUCAUUUUAUUACUUUUCCUUGCUGUGUUUCUCUCUCACGCACGGAUAAAAAGAGAAAUGUCUGCUUCAAGCUCGAUUUUUUUCUUUGCUACACAUGAUUUUUUAACAAUGUUUUUCGUGACGUUUUGGGUGAAAACCAUUCAGACGUGUCAUGAAAACAAAAUAACGUCACAAAAAACAAUAAAAUCGGCGGGAGCAAAGAAAUCCCUGUUGAAGCUGGCUUUUCUCUCUUUAUCUGGUUAUUUGUUUGUCCUGCUCCCAGGUCAGACGUUUGGUUGUGCGAGCUUUAACUUAGUACUAUUUUUCACACACACACCCAUCAUGUUCCUGCCAACCUUUCUACUUCCUCCCUUCCCUUGCAGUUUCUGUCACCCUCUCUCACACAAGGUCGAGAAGAGAAGAAGGUACUGACAUCCACACUAAGCAAGAACCCAAAGACCCCUCAGUAUUUGCAAAGCCACCACAUAACUACGCUUACUUGGCCACAUUCAGAUGUUUUUUUUGUUGUUGUUGUUCUGUUUUUUCUUUUUUUUCUUAGCCUUUAGGUUUUUUAUUGUUACUAGAGACCUGACCGUAAGUCCAAUUGCUUAUUCGUAUAUGAAAAAAAAAAUCUAUAUAUAAAUAUAUAUAAAUGUAUAUUCACAAAUGUUUUAAACCUUCAAAGUGCCUACCAUUUGGAAAUGUGCUUGUUCUAGUCAUGGCUUGAGAAGGUGCGGUCAUCAGAUCAUGAGGCGUGUGGAUGGAUUUCUCUAAGCACCAAUGACUGUAAUGGUAACUUUUUUUUAGUCUUACAAAAAAAAGCAGGCAGUAUUGUACCUAUAAGUUGAAACAACACUACUGAAUAAACAUUGUGGCCUAAUAUGGA